UGUCAUUUUACAUUUCCCGUUUUCUGAUUCUCCAACAAAAUCCGCAAACGAGCCAAUCUCUCUUCCGAGUUAACGGUCCAUAAGCCGAGUCAAACCAUGUCUGAAACUGACGUCAAGGGCAAGAAGGCAAGAUCGCCACCUUCUCACCCUCCUUUUGUCGAGAUGAUUACGGAGGCGAUUGUGGCGCUGAAGGAGAGGACAGGGUCGAGCCAGUACGCGAUCACCAAGUUCGUCGAGGAAAAGAACAAGAAUUUGCCUCAGACCUUCAGGAAGCUCCUGCUCUACAAUUUGAAGAAGCUUGUGGCUUCUGGUAAGCUCGUCAAGGUUAAGAACUCAUUCAAGCUCCCUCCUGGUCGCUCGGCUCCGGUGAAAGAGAAGCCAGACGCGCCCAAGCCUAAAAAGUCGGCUGAGGCGGUUGUCAAGCCUAGGCCGAAGCCGAAAGCGGUUGCUAAGCCCAAGGCCAAUGUCGCGGCUAAGCCUAAGCCCAAAGCGGCUGCAAAGCCUAAGCUUAAGGCAGUGGCUGCUAAACCAAAGGCGGCUGUGAAACCGAAGGCGAAGCCAGCGGCUGCCAAGCCGGCUGCUAAGGUUGCAAGAACAUCGACGAGGUCGUCGCCGAAGGUGGAGGUGAAGGCGAAGGUGAAGAAGCCGGUGGCUCCGGCCAGGGCUGUGAAGAAGCCAAAGAGCGUGAAAUCUCCGGUGAAGAAGAAAACUCAGGCGAAGAAGGGGAAGAAGUGAGGGUCUAGAGAGAAGUUCAUAGCUUUCGUUUUCAGAGGGGUAGUUUGUGUAAAUUGGUUUGAUAAUGAAUAGUUUGUUUGACACAGAAUUUGUAGGUUUUUAUUUUCUUCUGUUCUUUCUUUGUCAACAACUUCUAUGGUUGUUAUUUGGUGACUCUGUUUUGUAUUAUGAAAUUAGAACAGACGCUGAUUCCAGUUCUUAACAAA